UCUCACAAAUCAUCAGUCACACAAUUCCAGCUGCAAUAACAACAGCUCAAGUCUCAACUUGCAACAUUCCAAGGAAUAUAAAAAGCACAGAACUCAACAUGAACUUCUACAAGGUCUUCAUCUUUGUCGCUCUCAUCCUGGCCAUUAGCAUGGGACAAUCCGAAGCUGGCUGGCUAAAGAAGAUUGGCAAGAAAAUCGAACGCAUUGGUCAGCAUACUCGGGAUGCCACAAUCCAGACACUGGGAAUUGCCCAGCAGGCUGCAAAUGUCGCUGCAACAGCUAGAGGCUGAGGAGAGAGAAAUCUUACUAUAUAAACUAUAAUAUCAUUAAUAUAUUAUAUAUAUAUCAAUAAUAUAUUUAUUUAAAUUAGGCAUUUUGGCACAUUAAAUACAAUAAUCAUUAAGCUUAUUAGUAAGAGUUAAUUAGUAAAACAAAACAAAUUCUUAAAAACAAAACAAAAAUAAAUAUUUUGUUGAUUUAUUUUAAACAAUCUAAAUUUUCCUUUAUUUUUAUUAUGUUGUUCAAAUUUGACAUUUUUUAUUGUUGAAUUAGUAUUAUCGUAAACAAGUAAGAGUGUGCAUGACUGUGAAAUACCCGAUAAAUUAAUAUACCGCAAAAAUACUGAAAUGUACCAAUGUAUUGUACAAUGUAUUUGGUAUAUUUAUAUAGUGUCAUUCAAAAUAAACUAUAGAGUGCAAAAUA